AUGUGUAAAAACAAGAAAACAGACAGCUCCUUGUCUCGAGACACAUUACACAUAAAAAAGAGACAAAAAACCACGUUGGCUCAGAAUGGUUCGAACACUACCGUGAAGCUUUUAGGGACAUGGGCAAGUCCAUUCGCUUUAAGGGCUCAAGUGGCUCUACACCUCAAGUCCGUAGAGCACGAGUACGUCGAAGAAACCGACGUUUUGAAAUCGAAGAGCGAUCUGCUUAUUGUAUUCAACCCUAUCCACAAGAAAGUCCCUGUCCUCAUCCAUGGUGAUGUCUCAAUCUGUGAGUCUCUCAACAUCGUUCAGUACGUCGAUGAAUCUUGGCCGUCAGAUGUUUCCAUCCUCCCUUCACUUCCCUCUGAUUAUGCCUUUGCUCGUUUUUGGGCUCACUUCGUUGACGAAAAGUUGUUUGAAUCGAUUGAUACGGUGGCGGGAGCAAAAGACGAUGCCGCGAAGAUGGCGUUGGCGGGGAAUCUGAUGGAGAAUCUGGCGGCGCUUGAGGAAGCGUUUUAAAAGAGUAGCAAAGGCGGAGGCUUCUUCGGAGGAGAUAACAUUGGGUUUGUCGAUAUAGCUGUUGGAGCCAUAGUAGGUCCACUCUCUGUCAUCGAAGCGUUUUUAGGUGUUAAGUUUUUGUAUCCUGAAACAACACCAGGUCUGCUCCAGUGGUACGAGAGUUUUAAAGCCCAUGAGGCUGUGAAACCUUACAUGCCUACCGUUGUCGAGUUCAUCGAGUUUACCAAAAAGAAGUUCAAUGUUUAA